AAAAAUUGAAAAAAUCCCUCCCUCUGAAAUUUCAUUUCCGCCCAAAUACUAGCCUUCCAAUAAUUGUGUCUAAGUCCACUAUUUCCCUACACCCUAACAAAAUAUUCAUUUCUGGGCUUCUGGCUUAUCUUCUUCGCUCUCGCAAGUUGCUUCUUCAACUGCGGCUUCACUCCCAUUUCUGCUGUCAAUCCCGCCGUCUCGUCUCUCUCUCUCUCUCAUGGCCACUCAAUCUCUCUCUUUAUUAUCUUUGAAUGUAUGUAUAUAUCCCUGAGCGUAUUUGAGUUUGAUUUUUGCAGAUUCAGAUUAAUAUGUCACUAUUUCUUAGCGUAUCUGCAUUUGAUAUUUGUAACAGGGUUUACAUACAGUUUCAUAGACAGGCUGACCAAUUUAGAUAGGAAAAUAGAUCAUUUACGCACGAUUUCGUUUCCUUCUUAAAUCCACUUUUCCUAGUAGUGAUUGUUGUAGUGCACCGCGCAGGGUGCCAAACGUGUAAGUUCAUGGACGAACGUCGAGUAAAUUGGUCUGGGCGGCGAUCCGGCCUUGGUACGGUUUCCUAUGAAUCUGGCUCUUGAUUCGCCUGGUCUGAUUUGGAGCCGAGCGGGGACAUUCCCAGGGUAGUUUUCCCACUGCUGCUAGCUUUGUUCUUACCAAGGUUAGUGGUACUACCAGUAAGCGAGAUGGGAAAGACAGUCAACCAUGGGCCCACUUAUCAUCUACUCUGUGUAAUCUUGCAACCUGGACCCCACAAAUCAUUUCUGCUGGGUAUCUCCACCUACGCCGUUGCUCCCCAUGUAUGGUUUCUGCGCAUGGACACUGAUUUCCAGCGAAGCAUCUCCCACUUCCCUUUUCUGCCAAGGUUCCGUGGCGGUGCAGACGAUGGCGAUGGGGACGGCGGCUUCCGUGACCCCAACUUAGAUCUGGGAAAAAUCCAGACUUGGACUUCCAGACUCCGUAGCUUCAUUCUUUCCCAGAAUCAUUUUCUUUUCUUUCUUUUUACUGAAAAUCAGUCCAUUUCGCAUGAUUUUUUUGUAGAACAUCAAGACCACAUGAAUCUUUUAGAACUGGUUCCCACGGACGGCAUCAGUGUUGAGUUUAUUCGCUGCAGCCCGGAAGUUCAACACCUCUUCCGGGAGGGUUUCAUGGCUAUGGGGUUAUAAUACAAUGUAAACAAUGAUUUUUACGUGGAAAUCCGGAAAGGGAGAAAACCACGGGAAUGUUUAGGCUAAUGUCUAAGCCCUCUCAUUUUAUCAAUACUCUCCUCCCCAUUAUAUAAUACAAUAUUGAAGCUCCCAUUAAUGGAGUAAACAAGCUAGCUAGAGAGAGGGGGGAAGAAAAGGAACCCCCUAAAAUGGAGGGAAAACCCCAUAUUUAUCGGCAAAAGGGGGGAGGGGAGCAUUUCUACCCUAAUGCCUCGAGAGGGCCAAAAUGGGCCCAAAAGGCCAAAACAGGCCUGAUAGGCUGAAAAUGGCCCUCGUCGUUUGGGCCCUGUACUAAGGUAAUGCGUUGGGCUCUUGAACAGUAAUAUGCCGGAAUAAUAUACUCCAACAAUAUGUUUAUUGUACACUUUUUGAAAAAGUAAGAGAAUUUUGGUAUUGUAGCAGUACUGUUUAUUUUAUUAAAGUGUAUUGUAGCUGUUUUGAGAUGGAUUUAUUUUUUAAAAUAAAAGUAAGUCAUUUCAUU